AGUGGUCCUAGUGCCAGGUCUUGUCACAAGAUGUGCAUCGACAUUCAACGAAGGCAGAUCUACACGCUGGGACGCUAUCUGGAUUCCUCCGUGAGGAACAGCAAGUCUCUGAAGAGUGACUUCUAUCGCUACGACAUUGACACAAACACAUGGAUGUUGCUCAGCGAAGACACUGCGGCGGAUGGAGGUCCAAAACUGGUGUUUGAUCAUCAGAUGUGUAUGGAUUCUGAAAAACACAUGAUCUAUACCUUCGGGGGCCGAAUUCUGACGUGCAACGGCAGUGUUGAUGACAGCAGAGCCAGCGAACCGCAGUUCAGCGGGUUGUUUGCUUUUGACUGCCAGUGUCAGACAUGGAAACUUUUGAGAGAGGAUUCCUGUAAUGCCGGACCUGAGGAUAUCCAAUCCCGGAUAGGACACUGUAUGUUGUUCCACUCUAAAAAUCGCUGCUUGUAUGUGUUUGGUGGCCAGAGAUCGAAGACUUACUUGAAUGACUUCUUCAGUUACGACGUAGACAGCGAUCACGUGGAUAUCAUAUCUGACGGCACUAAGAAGGAUUCAGGGAUGGUUCCAAUGACAGGUUUCACUCAAAGGGCUACCAUUGAUCCCGAACUGAAUGAAAUCCAUGUCUUGUCAGGGCUCAGUAAAGACAAGGAGAAGCGGGAAGAGAAUGUAAGGAAUUCCUUCUGGAUUUAUGACAUUGUGAGGAACAGCUGGUCUUGUGUCUAUAAGAAUGACCAAGCAGCAAAAGAGAAUCCAGGUAAAAGCCUUCAGGAAGAGGAGCCCUGCCCAAGGUUUGCCCAUCAACUGGUGUACGAUGAGUUGCACAAGGUUCAUUACUUAUUUGGAGGGAAUCCUGGCAAAUCCUGCUCUCCAAAGAUGAGAUUAGAUGAUUUCUGGUCUCUGAAGCUCUGUCGACCUUCAAAGGAAUACCUGCUAAGACAUUGCAAAUACCUCAUAAGAAAGCACAG